AUGGAGCUAUGUGGUUCAGGGAUCAACAAAGAACAUCAACUGCGUUCCAAAACUUGCGGCUAUAAUCGGAUCAAAGAUCUUUCUGAGGAUGUUUUGAGGUCGAAGAAGAUCUCAAGAUGGACAAUGAUGUGGAGAAAAAUAAUGAUGAUGAUGAAGCAAAAGAAGAAAUAUCAGACUCUGGAUCAUCAUGUUCGAUAUGAUCCUUUCACUUACUCCCAAAACUUCGAGAACGAUGGAACUAUCGCAUAUCAUGACGAUCCUGAUGUGUCUUCUAAGUCUUUUUCUGCUCGAUUUGUUGUUUCUUCUAAAGUGUUCAAUGUUAAUCAUACUUGA